AUGAUUAUCCGAGUUGACAAAUGCAGUACCUUUGGCAUUAAAAAAGCGAUCACAAAAUCAGUUCAGUACUUGCCAAAACUCCUCAUCAGCAAUCAACUAAUACCAAAAAUCACCAUUGGAGAAUCAUUUCAAUAUUUAGGACGUUACUUUGAUUUCCACAUGUCGAAUGAUAAUCACAAAACUGAACUAACCACCCUACUUAAUGAACUAAUGUCUGAUAUUGGCUCAAAGCCACUACACCCCAAAAAUAAACUGCUCUUCUGCAGUCGCUACGUCUUGUCCAAGUUAGCCUGGCACUUCACCGUCGCAACACUCUCUAAAACAUGGGUUACUGAAAAUAUCGACUCUAUUGCCAACAAAUAUAUCCGCAGAUGGCUUGAAGUACCAAUAUCAGGAACACUAAGUACUGUCUUUCUAGCAAAUAACAAAUUUGGCCUGAGUAUUUAUCCUCCAUCUGUAAAAUUUAUCCAGUGUCAAACAGUCCUCCGAAAAGCUUUAAAAUCUUCUCCUAAUGAAUCAACUAACGACCUGUGGAGAGCAACCAGUAACCAUACUAAUAUCCAAUAUGACGCUUAUAACUCUACUAAGGAAGUUCUCAAAGAUUUCCGUUUUGGACACGAAAACAAACUCCUAAACCAAUUAACCAGUCAAGGAUCCUUUUUCUGCAGCGUCACGAAGUUCGCCUUACCUCAGCUUAGCAAGGUGUGGUCCGUCGCCCAAUCAAAGCUCCCGAAAAACAUUUACAACUUUACCAUUCGUUACAUUAACAACUCUCUUCCGACGCGCAAAAACCUAAACAGAUGGACAAUAUCUUCAAAUUCAGACUUUUCUUUUUGUCUUAGCCCUGAAACAUUACUACACACAGUAGCUGGAUGUCAGUUUUAUCUCGACCGAUUUACGUGGAGACACAAUUCAGUCCUGAACUUUCUUGCUCAUCAGUUACAAACUGUUGACGGUUCUACUCUCUACGCUGAUCUAAAUGGAUUCAAAAGCCCUUCAAUACUUACUGGUGAUACGUAUCGCCCAGAUUUGUUAUUAUCGUGCUCAAAUGGUUCCUCAUAUGUGGUUGAACUCACCACUGGUUAUGAGACAAACCUUAAAAGCAACGUAAAACGGAAGAAGGAUAAAUAUAGAGAAUUAUUGAGACAGCUAGGUAAAAAUUUUAACCAAGUUAAAUUUAUAAAUCUCUCCAUCAGCUCUUUAGGUAUAUUUGCAGAAGAAUGUUAUACAUUUUUAGACAUGUUAGAUAGUAUUGGUCUUGACAAAAACCACCAAAUGUACUGCGUUAGGAAAAUGAUGACUAUUGCUAUUAGAACUACAUAUUACAUUUUUUGUUGCCGAAAUAAGGAAUGGGAAAAUCCGGAUUUACUAACAAUUUGACUUAUCUCAUUGUAUAUAUAUAUAUAUUGCAUGCACUUUGUUCUGUUAUUUUAGUUUAGUAUAAUUGUGAUUCAAAUAGCCAACCGUUAGUUACCUUUAUGAGAGAGAUUUACGAUUGUAUAUGUAUGUAAAGAAAAACAUUUAAUAAAGUUUCCAUUAUUAUUAUUAUUAUUAUUAUUAUUAUUAUUAUUAUUAUUAUUAUUAUAUUUUUAUUAUGUAGAGUGUUAAUUCAAGUAGACACUGGUAAACUACCUGUAAAGAGAGGUUUAUCAUUGUAGUGUGUAUAUAUAUUAUUGAAAGUAAUAAAGUUUCCAUUAUAUUUAAAUGACACUACUUUAUGUGUGUUCACGAUGCUUUAGAGAUAAAAAAUCUCCAAAAAAAUUUUCCUGCGAAAAUUCAAUGAUACCUUCAUGUGUUCCGCAUGAAUUGCCGAAUUUAACUCAGAUUGAAGAAAUGUUAAUUGCUCGUGCUUUGCCUAUCAUGAGAGUUUAUAUUAAACCUGCAUGGUGGUCAACGAGAUUAUUCAGGACAUUGUAUUAACCUGCCAUAAAAUGUCAAAGAACUUGCAAUGUCUUUGCCAAGAUAUCCUAAAGACUUGGCUGUGAUUAUUGUCAAGGCUAAAGGUAGAGAAAACAUGUUCAGAGAUGUGACAGUGCGAAAGCAAAAAGUGCACAAUGCUUUAGUUUGGCUUAUAAAUAACAAUCCACAUUAUUCUGAGUUGUUAAUUAAAUAAGGAUGCAUUAAAUUCCUUACCUGAAAAUGGUGUACCACCAGGUCUUAAGACUGUUGAGACUGAUGAUGAUAUAGUCUCAAUGAUGUAGGUCCUCCUACUGAUAAUCCAUCAGAGGUUAUUAUAGUUUACAGAACCCAGGUGAAACUCAUCUCACAAUUGAAGAACUACGUGAAAUGGCUGCCAUUAACAAUGCUAAUGUAUUUAUGUCUAAAAUGUCGAGAUAUGUUGGCAAUAUUGCAGGUACUAAUACUUAAUGGAAUAUAGUAAGGGAGGAAGUCAAAGCUAUUAUAACUAGUGUUGUAGCACGAACAUUAAUUUUUCACUUUCUCCUCUGCAGAUAUGCAUUGGCCUGAGUUACAUGCUUUAUUUAAAGCUGAUACCGACAAUGAGUUAGGUGAUUCUACCAGCGAUGUAAGACAACAAAAUGUGAUCAACAAUCCCCAUGUUGUAGAUUGGUUUUUCACAGAAAAAUGA